CGAUACUCUACAUAUACCCCGCUAUAGCUCCCAUACCUAUCACGCACGCGCCCACGACCAGUUACGACCACGACCAGAUACGAGCACGAUGCCCCCCCUCGCCCGCAAGCUCCUAAUCAUCGCGGCAGCCGAAGGGCUCAUCCUCUCGCCAUUGCAGAACUCGCGCGCCAGCCGGUCGUCGCCUCCCACCAAGGUCCCGCCGGGCAGUGUCCGCGUCGACUAUGGCACGCACAAGAUUAGCGCGCACCGUGAGGGGCCGGAGUCGUCCGGCGGCGGCGAGAGUUCGCGGGUCGAGGCACACGGAAUCGCUGGACUCCUGAAAGUAUCGCCGACCGACUCCUUCCUGAUCGCGAUUACGGAGCGCGAGCAGGUGGCUACGAUACGGGGACAGCAUGCGGUGUAUGUCAUCACCAAUAUCGCGCUGAUCCCGCUGUCGUCGCGGAGCGACGCAGCGCUCGCGAUCGACCGGAGCACUGCUGCGGCGGUGAAGCGGCACGCAGUGACGGACGGGCACGGAGGGAACGGGAGCGAGACUGAUGGCGGCGAGACGGAUGUGGAUGCCGACGAGGAUGCGAUCGUGGAUGAUGAAGUGCAGGAUCAGAUUGCUGAGGUGGGGAAGGCGGCGGCGGAGGGGGGGAAGCGGCAGAGUACUAGUACCACCUCCGUCGGUCAGGAUGUCAUCGCGAAGAAGGGCGCGUAUGGAAGGUUUGCUGAGAGCUGGUUUUCGAAGCGUGGGUGGACGGUGGAUCGUAGGCGGAGCGAGGGGAUGAGUGCUGAGGCGCCGGUGAAGGCUGUUGGUGAUGCCGAGAUGAAAAAGCCCGAGAAUCAGCCGGCGCCCCCGACUGCCGAGGGCGAUAUCGUCGAGGGCGAGAAGGCGGAGGCGAAGAAGGAUGCAGCCCCGGUUGAGGAGCAGGCGAAGGAGGUCGCCGAGGCCGUCAAGGAAACUGUCACCCACAGCCUGACGCCGAAGCUGCUGCACACGACGAAGUUGUUGCUGGCACAGAGCAGGAGUUUCUACUUCAGCUACGACUGGGAUAUCACGAGGUCGUGGGGAUCGCAAACCAACUCUAUGAGUAAUGGGGUUCCGCUAUUUAAGAUUGUAGAUCCGCUGUACUUCUGGAACAGACAUCUCCAGCAGCAGUUCAUCGACUCUGAUCAGCACGGAUUCGUUCUCCCUCUCAUGCAGGGCUUCGUCGCCCAAACAACUUUUUCAGCUACACCCUCAUCGCCUCCUACACCGGCGGAGACGCAGAAUCCGGGCCCUACGGUAGUUGAGGAGGAGUCUUACAAUCCACAUGUUGUCAAGACGGAGGACUUUGCCACGAAAGGGGCCACAACACUUACCACCAGCCAAAAGAAGUUGGUUUUAACCAUCAUCUCUCGCCGGUCGAUUCGCCGUGCCGGACUCCGUUAUCUUAGACGCGGCGUCGAUGAUCAAGGCCACACCGCAAACUCGGUCGAAACCGAGCAACUGCUAUCAACUGAGAACUGGGAUCACGUCUUCAGCUACCUCCAGAUCCGUGGCAGCAUCCCGUUAUUCUUCUCCCAGUCGCCAUACUCCCUGCGGCCUCGCCCCGUACUGCUACUCUCGGAUGAGAGCAAUGCAGCGGCAAUGCGACAGCACUUUAGGAAUGUGCAGGAGCGGUACGGAGAUGUGCACGUCGUCAACCUGGUCGAGAAGCACGGCUCCGAGGCGAUCGUGGGAGACAAGUACCGUGACUACGUGACGAACAUGAACACCACGGAUUCCAGUCCGCAGAUCGGCUGGACGUGGUUUGACUUCCACUCGGAGUGUCGAGGCAUGCGUUUCGAGAACGUGAGCAGGCUGUUCACCGAGAUUGGAGAUGUGCUGGACAAAAUCUCGUACACAGAAGAAGUCGCCGGAUCCGGUAUUAAGUCUCGCCAGAAGGGUGUGCUUCGGACGAACUGCAUGGACUGUCUCGACCGUACCAACGUCGUCCAAUCCGGAAGUGCUCGUCGAGCGCUUGAGACGCAACUCCAGGCGCUCGACAUCGAACUCAAGGACUCGGACCGCACCGAAUGGUUCAACAUGAUCUGGGCGGACAACGGCGACGCAAUCUCGAAGCAAUACGCCAGCACCGCAGCACUCAAGGGCGACUUCACGCGCACACGAAAACGCAACCUCCAAGGCGCACUCACUGACUUUGGCCUGACUAUGACCCGCUACUUCACCAACAUAAUCUCCGACUUCUUUACGCAGUGCAGCAUCGAUUUCCUCCUCGGCAACGUCACCGCCCAGGUCUUCUCCGACUUCGAGGCCGAGAUGAUUUCGUCGGACCCGGCGGUGUCCCUCCUGCGCGUGCGCGAGAACGCCAUCGAGAUCUGCAGCAAAAUAGUCGUCGCCGACGAAUCCGAGCAGCUGCAGGGCGGCUGGACAUUCUUCUCUCCACGGGAGCCGGGGACGCGUCGCGGCGGGGGCAUGGUCGAGAACGUGCUACUCCUCACCGACAAGGCCGCGUACAUGUGCAUCUUCGACUGGGCGCUCGAGAAAGUGUCCGCAUUCGAGCGCGUGUCCGUCGACGAUAUCACCACUAUCCGCAAGGGCGUGUACAUCACCGGCACCCUGGCGGGCUCCCAUGUCGACGAGGAAAGGAACGUCGGCUUCGUGCUCGAGUACACCGCUAGUGACCUCCAGAAGGACCUCGUCCGUGUCAACACUAGGAGUCUACAGACGCACCCGGCACAUACUGCUGAGAGCCGCCCGGCCUCUGCUGCAGGCCCGAAGGACGCCGCGAAGAAGUUCUGGGCGUUUAAGGCUAUGCCCGCAUCUGUUUCCUCCGCCGCCAGCAGCGCAGAGGUGAAGAGUAAGAGCGAGAAAGAAAUCGUCGAUGCGGUUUGUGCGCAGUUGGCUGGUGCGGCGAGUGGUGUAAAGGUUGAGGAGUCGGAUAUCGUCUCGCUCGCCGAGGCGAAGAAGGGGACGGGACUGGUGGAGAGGUGGGGAUAUGCUGUCAAGAGGAUGGUCUGGGCUUGAUUGGAAUUUGGCUUUUGUUUUCAGCGUUAAUAUUUUCUAUGUACUUAUUCCCUCUGGUGUUUCUGGUACCAAUCACGAUGAAUAUGCCAAGUUACUCUGUCUUAGAGUCCAUCACACGAGCUCACACGGAAUCUGAGCAUGUUCCAGUACCAAGUCCCGUUCAAUUCCGCUCCACCGAACAACCAAAAC